AUGUUUAAGCCUGCUCCACCUAAAGUGACGAAGAAGAAGCAGGACUCUGUUGUUAUCCUGACGAAUACCAGAGGUUUCGAGUUUGGCAGAUUGCCUCAGGACGUUGCUUCCUGGGUAUCGAGACUGUUGGACUUGGGCAUCGUCGAGUUCAAGAAGUGUACGAUGGUCGACUGUCCCGAGAAAAUGACGACGGGCGUGGACCUCAUAGUAUCGGUCUCCAUCUAUAUCAAAGCGUCCGCCUUUCAGCCGCCGUCCUCUGUAUCCUCAGACGACAAGGCAAAGGUAAUGUUUAAUGAAGGUCAGGAGACCGAAGCCGAGCAGAUCCUCAGAGAACGCAAGACGUCUCUGGUCAGCUUGUUUAAGCGCAUCAACCUCAAGCCGCGGAAAAGCAACGACUUCUCUCACAAGAAGAAGCUCGAUAAGGCAGAUUUGGAACUGCUCACGCAACGCCCUGGUGCGAAGCCGCGGCCUGCAACCCAGGCUGGCGACGGGGAAGAUGAGGACGAAGAAGGCGACAUCACCGAAGAGCAGCUUGACAUGAUCUACAAGAAGGCUCAGCAGAACGACCGUGCACUCGCUGAGAUGGAUCCAGCUGAUACCUUCACUUUGAAGCUGCGGGGAUACCAGAAGCAAGCAUUAUUCUGGAUGCAUUCCAUCGAAACCGGAGCUGCGUCUGCGCGAGAAGCCAAGUCUAUGCAUCCGCUGUGGAAGGAAUACCUGUUCCCUUUCGAUCCCAAUGACGACACCAUAGACCUCACUGCAGACGAACGGCCCUUCUAUUUCAAUGAAUACUCAGGAGAGCUGAGCUUGGAGUUCCCUAAGGCAGAGCGCAAAUGCAAGGGCGGGAUUCUAGCUUUCGCAGUGGGCAUGGGUAAGACCAUCAUGCUGUCCGCCCUUAUACAGACCGCCCGAGGACCCGAGGCCCCCGCAGACGUCGAUCCCAACGCAUCCUCCAAACGACGGCAAAUCAAACUCAACAACGCCUUUCGUGUCGCGCCGAACCAGCCCCCGCAGCCACGGAAAGGGCCAUCCGCGACCCUCAUCGUCGCACCGACUUCGCUCCUGUCUCAGUGGGCUGAAGAGCUUCAGCGUUCCAGCAAGCCGGAUACCCUACGAGUGCUCGUGUGGCAUGGACAGAACAGGCUUGACUUGGACGCUGCGGUCGAUACGGAUGGGGCCACGAACAUCGUCGUCACGUCGUACGGCAUUCUUGUGUCGGAGCACGCCAAGCAUGAGAAGCAGCCAUCCCCCGUGUUCGAAGUGGAAUGGCUACGUGUCAUACUUGACGAAGCUCAUCAUAUCAAGUCGCGGACCAGCAAGAGCGCAAAGGCGGUAUAUGCCCUUCGCGCGCGACGCCGAUGGGCUGUGACUGGAACGCCCAUCGUCAACCGCCUGGAGGAUCUAUAUUCACUCUUGAAAUUCUUGGAUUUCACGCCCUGGUCGAACCAUACCUUCUUCCGCUCGUUCAUCACCUUACCUUUCCUGGCUCGUGAUCGUAAGGCCGUUGAGGUCGUCCAGAUCAUCCUAGAGAGCGUGCUUCUCCGUCGAGAGAAGGAUAUGCUCGAUUCGGAUGGCAAGAAGAUCGUCGAGCUUCCAUCCAAAGAGAUCACGACCACGAUGCUGGAGUUCUCGCCGCUGGAGCGCAAAAUCUACGACUCGUUGUACACCGACGCGAAAAAGGACUUUGAGAACCUCAACGCGAAGGGCCUCGUCAGCCGCAACUAUACCCACAUUUUGGCCAUGCUCAUGCGAUUGCGACGUGCUGUCCUACAUCCGAACCUGGUGCUGUCCUCCAGCGAUGGCCCCGCCCCAAAGGCGCCUGCAGGGAGCGGCGCUAUCGACGUCAACGAGUUGAUCAAGCGAUUUGACAAAGGCGACAACGCGGCCGGGGAUAGCAAGGUGUACGCUGAGGGCGUCCUUGCAAAUCUCGGACAAGAAGAGAACGCGGAAUGUCCGAUCUGCUUCGACGUGAUGGAGACUCCCACCAUUCUGCCCGACUGCAUGCACCAGUGCUGCAAAGACUGCAUCGUUGCCUUCAUCGAGCGCUGUCGUGAGAAGGGUGAAGACGGGAAGUGUCCAACGUGUUUCCGAGGGCCUGUUCAGGAGAGCGACCUCUUGGAAAUUGUGCGCUCGCGCAACGACAGCGGCGACAAGGCUGGGGACCCCACGCAGGCGCCGACGCAAACCGUGACGCUGCGAAGGAACGACUUCCGUUCCUCGACGAAGCUCGAGGCCCUUGUCCAGGACCUACGCCGACUGCGAGAUCAGGACCCCUGCUUCCGAGCAGUCGUGUUCUCUCAGUUCACCUCGUUCUUAGACCUGAUUCAGAUCGUGCUAGAACGGGAGGAAUUGGCGUGGUAUCGAUUCGAUGGCUCAAUGGACAUCAAGAAGCGCAACGGGGCCGUCUCCGGAUUCAAGGAAUCCUCUCGUGAAGCGAAGGUCCUCAUUGUCAGUUUGAAGGCCGGCGGAGUAGGACUGAACCUGACGAACGCAAACCAUGUGUACAUGAUGGACUGCUGGUGGAACGCCGCAACGGAAAACCAAGCCAUCGACCGUGUCCAUCGUAUCGGCCAAGAGAAGCCAGUCUAUGUCAAGCAAUUCAUCAUUGCUGGAACGAUCGAGGGUCGCAUCCUGCAGAUCCAGAAGCGCAAAACUGCGAUCGUCAAGGAGGCUUUCAAGGGCAAGCGCGACUCCGACCCCGAGAGCAUCGAGAACCUCAAGAUCAUGUUCGGCGACACUGAGUCUGACGCGUGA